AUGGAACCCAGCAAUGAUACACAAAUUUCAGAAUUUCUCCUUCUGGGGUUAGCAAAGGAAACAACACUGCAGCCCCUCAUAUUUGGACUUUUCCUCUCCAUGUACCUGAUCACUGUGUUUGGGAACCUGCUCCUCAUCCUGGCUGUCAGCUCAGACGCCCACCUCCACACCCCCAUGUACUUCUUCCUCUCCCACCUAUCCUUUGUAGACAUCUGUUCUACAUCCACCACCAUCCCAAAGACGCUGUGGAACAUCCAGACUCAAAGCAAUGUUAUCACCUAUGAAGGCUGCAUCACACAGGUUUGUUUUUUCACACUCUUUGCCGUGUUGGAUAUCUUUAUCCUGACAGUGAUGGCCUAUGACCGGUAUGUGGCCAUCUGCCACCCCCUUCACUACACAGUCAUCAUGAACCCCCGGCUCUGUGGACUGCUGGUGCUGGUGUCCUGGAUCAUGUGUGUCCUGAAUUCCUUGACACAAAGCUUAAUGAUGUUGCGAUUGUCCUUCUGUACAGACUUGGAAAUCCCCCACUAUUUUUGUGAACUCAAUCAGAUGAUUCAACUUGCCUCUUCUGACACUUUUCUUAAUAAUGUGGUGAUGUACUCAGCAGCUGUCCUGAUGGGUGGUGGUCCCCUUAGUGGUAUCCUUUAUUCUUACUGUAAGAUAGUGUCCUCCAUACAUGGAAUAUCAUCAGCUCAGGGGAAGUGUAAAGCAUUUUCUACCUGUGCAUCUCACCUCUCAGUUGUUUUCUUAUUUAUCUGUACAAGCCUAGGAGUGUACCUUAGCACUGCUGCUACACACAGCUUGCACUCAAGUGCAACAGCAUCAGUGAUGUACACCGUGGUCGCACCCAUGCUGAACCCUUUUAUCUAUAGCUUGAGGAACAAGGAUAUAAAGGGGGCUCUGAAAAGGUUCUUUGGAAUGGUGAGUAUAAACAGGCAAUCUCUUCUAGGGCUGAAGAAAUGCCCAUGA